AUGCGCUGGCUGAGUCGAGCUCGCGAAUUCCGCAUUCGGCCGUGGACCGUCAGUGAGGCGCGCGUUAGCUCCGUUUGUCUAAAUAAUACGCAACCUACACCAACACUGACACCAUUGAACCGACUUACGAAUAUCAAUCAUCAUUACCGAAAUAUGAUAGGUGAAGAGGAACGUGUACACCAGUGUGGGGAAUGCGGGCUGACCCUUUCCACUCGUAGCGCGCUCACUGCUCACGCCCGCUCGCACCGAGUAGCUGCCGAUGCCCACCGCUGUGAUGUCUGCCACAAAACUUUCGCCGUGCCGGCGCGUCUCGUCCGCCACUACCGGACCCACACAGGUGAACGCCCCUUCGAGUGUGAAUACUGCCACAAGAUGUUCAGUGUUAAGGAGAACUUGCAAGUGCACCGACGGAUCCACACUAAGGAGCGCCCGUACCGAUGCGGCGUUUGCGGCGCCGCCUUCGAGCACUCGGGGAAACUGCACCGUCACGCUCGCAUCCACACCGGCGAGAGGCCGCACGCGUGCCCGCAUUGCCACAAGGACCUUCAUACAAUCCGGACAGCUGGCGAGCGGCCCUACACCUGCGAUAUUUGCCUCCGCGACUUCGGAUAUAACCAUGUGCUGAAACUGCACCGGUUCCAGCAUUACGGAGAGCGUUGCUACCGCUGCACGGUGUGCGAUGGCACCUUUAACACUAAGAAGCAAAUGGAAGCCCACAUAUACAAGGAGCACGGUGCUGAGACGCCACGGGGGGCGUCCUCGGUUUCCAUGGCGCCGAUGGUUGGAAACAGCAACGCCAUGUGUGACGUUGAAGCGGCCUUGCAGCAGUUGCCGCCGACGCCCCCAAGCUCGCCCCCAUCACCGCCGUGUGCCAACGCGCCGAAGAUAACCGUCGCACCGCCGUGUCCGAUCCCCAGCGCCGCGCCCACUCCCACCCCAUCCCCUUCGCCACCUACGACCAGUCUACAUUUAACUAUCGCUCCUUCCUCGCUCCCUCCUAGAAAACGAAAGUUCAUUCCUUACCCUGAAUCAGUGCCAGCGCCCGUGCCCGUAGUACGCCAUACUUCUGUUAUACAAUUCGCUCCUCCCGCCGCCGCUGAUCUGUCG